AUGAAUGCCAAAAGCACGAAUAUAACUGGGUCCGAAUCACGCCCGAGAGGGCGAAAGCGUGGACGGAAAACAACAUCUUGCACGCAAUGUCACUCUCGCAAGCAGAAAUGUAACCAGGAACUACCAUGCUCGCGCUGCAUCCAACGUGGUGUCCCGGAACUGUGUCAAUGGCCGGAUAAUGAGGAGGAGAAUGGGAGGAAGCCAGGAGCUAGAUCUCAAGAUGGUGUACCGGCAACAGGUAGGCAUAUUCUCAGCAAGCGAGGCUGCAGACAUGGAUUGACUGACCAACACCACGUCGAAGUUGAAACGCAAGGGACAGAACUUGGUCAACUCUACAUCGCCCGUGGUGCCCCGUCGUUCUUUGGAAACUCGUACUUCGGACACCAAGUAGCGGCACGCAUGAUUCAUGAGUCUGCCCCGGAUCUACCGCCAAUGAGCUUACUUUCAACAAAGGACUCUUUGCAGUCAUUCAGAAAUGACUCUGGUCCCUUCUCACAAGUAUGGGACUUGCUCGGUCUACUACCGCGGAACAAAGUAACAGUUGAUCGACUUAUUGAAAAUUUUUUAACAGAGAUCAACUGGGCUAUCGAUACAGUCCACCCCGAUACGUUCCGGUACCAAUUUGUCGAGUUCUGGGGACGGAAGUUUGGGUUUGAUGAAAUUGCGGGAGUUGACCUUCGUUGGUUAGCGCUGCUGUUCAUCAUUCUUGCAUUCGGCGUUCUCCUCGACGAUCCGACGACAACCUCACCGGAGAAACGGAAAGAGAGCGAAGAGGCCUCUUUGAGAUUCUACUGGGCUUCCAGAAGAGCCAUUGUCAUAUCUCCUUCUUUUCAUGGCGAGAGUCUUGAUCUUGUCCGCGCUGGUCUCAUGGUGACUCGCUAUCUGCUUCACACUCGGCAAAUCGCCGAGAGCUGGCUUACUAUUAGCUUUGCCAUGCGGAUGGCUCAAGCGCAGGGUAUGCAUAUCGACGGGGAGAAAUGGGGACUGUCAAGAAAGGCAACUGAGGUUAGGAGGAGGCUUUGGGGUAAUUUGUACAUGUUGGAUAAGACAAUCGCUCUGGCGCUUGGCAGGCCAUAUGCCAUAUCAGACCACAUGUGCCUGAUCAAUGCGCCCGAGAAUACCUGGCUUGAUGAUCUGACUGAUGAGCAAUCGUCGAAUAUUCCAGCCUCGCCACUUUCAAGUCCCACUCGAAGUACUGUGACACUCCUGUGCAAUGGACUGGCUAAAAUCGCCGGGGAGAUUCAGGACAGAUGUUUUGGACUAUAUCCAGCUUCUUACGAAGUCGUGACUGAGAUGGACGAAAAGCUUCUAGCAUGGAAGAAACAACUCCCGGCCUAUUUUUCGCUGGACGAUUCCGACUUCUCUAUGGAUGAAUUGCACCACUUCUUACCGUGGCAUCGCCUGUAUCUGCAUUCAGCAUUCCACUUCGCCCGCAUCACCCUCCACCGACCGUACCUUUUGCGAGAGUCGAUCACCAAUCGUUUCCGCCUCAGUCAUGAAGCCUGCAUAUCAUCCGCCUCAUCAGAUCUGAAAAUCAGACUACGUUCAGUCAAUUUCGGAGCAGCGGAGAAUAUGAGAUGGACGCUAGGAACCCACAACAUGUUCAACAGUGCCUUGAUAUUGGGCAUUAUUGCCGUCCGUCGACCGAAUGCUCCACAAACAGUGGCAAUCCUAGUCGACCUACAGGAGUACUGCGAAAAGUUACGAGCAGACGCAUGGAUAAACGAAUUUGGCCUAGCCGAAGUGAAAGUGGUAGAACUCUGCAUCGCUCGCACAAAAGGCUUUGCCAAAGCAACCGACCAGUUCCAUCAUGGCUCAGUCCAGCCCCCAGAUAUCAUGGCAGAUAUCGUGGAUCGAGACAACGAUGAAGAAAGGGAAGGAAGCCAACUAAUAUCUGGAGAGUUACCACUUGGACCAGAUGUCAUCGGUGCAUCCCCAAAUGCGCCUGGGUACUCGCCCGACAUGAUGUGGCCCGCAAUCUGGGAAGAUCAAAAUUUCGCGUUUCCCCAAGCUACAGAUCUGGAAACGUGGGAGCAGAUGAUUUCUGAAAUUGCCUAUCAUGACUAG